AUGGACCAGCCGUGGCCCUUAGGGGAGAACCUUGGCAAAGGCUUUCCCAGGCUCUCGGCGGCUGCGGUGGAAGCGAAUGGUUUGGCAUUGAAGCACUUGACGCCAGAGAUGCAGGCGGACCGAGACUUGGUGCUGAAAGCGGUGUGGCAGAACGGCAAGGCCUUACAGUUCGCCAGCAAAGAGCUCCGUGCGGAUCGACAGGUGGUCCUCCGUGCUGUGGCGCAAAAUGGAGAUGCAGUGCAGUUUGCAAACAAAGAGCUGAAGAGAGACCCAGAAGUCCUUCUGAAGGCAUUGAGCCGCACGGCCUCGGCGCUGCGGUUUUUGCCCACCGACCUCUGGGAGGUUCCGGAGCUGAUGCUGGAGGCCGUCAAGAAGAAUCCCGUUUGCAUGAGUACCCUGCCGUGGUUCCAGGAGGACGAGGAUUUCGUCCAGGCCGUCCUGGAGCAAAACGGCAUGGCGUUGCAACACGUGGCCAAGAAAUUCCAGAGGAGUAAAGCCGUGGUGCUCACAGCGGUGCAGCAGAAUGGCCUGGCGCUGCAGUUUGCCCAUACCACCUUGCGCGCCGACGCCGAGGCGGCGCAGGGGGGAAUGGGGUGGUCGCCGCCCAGCCAAAGCACCCAGAUCCCUACAGGGCACCCCCGCAGGUCACCUGCUGCAGACCGGGAGAACGCAAGGGUUUAG